AUGGCACUGUUGCUGGAAUAUGAAGAAGUAGGCGGUGGAGCAGCUGGAACAGCAAAGAUGUUCUAUAGCAUCCUUCACUGCCGUCAUCAGUCAAAGCAACAAGAGGUAACUGCCAAGCAGCUAGCCGACAUUGGCUACAAGACCUUCUCCACCUCCAUGAUAUUACUUACUGUGUAUGGGGGAUACCUCUGCAGUGUCCGAGCCUACCGAUAUUUUCAGCGGCGCAGCUUGCGACGCCAGGAUGCAGAAGAGCAGAAGACUUCAGGAGUCCUGUAG